CUGUAGCGCCAGUUUGACCUUUAUUGGACUGUUUUAACCACUGGUCGCUGUGGUGGCGACUCCAGCCGCUCUCUAAUAUAUGUCUCUCUGCCCUAAUACUAGAGAAGGGUUUUUAUUUAUUUAAUAACCAGGUCGCAACGGACAGCCGGUGAACAUGGGAGGUAACAGCAGCACGUCUAGGAAAGUGUCAUUCGGACUGGACGAGAACGAGAAGGUCACAGUAAUUGAAGGAGUGAAGCUUUCAGAGGAAGUUCUCCAGCGGAUGAGGGAUGCUCAUGGGUCUGACGGCACAAAGCCACCGCCCUCUACGCCAGAUAGUCACAAACCACCACCAAGUCCAAAACCAACAGGACCCUCCACUACAGAAGUCCAGGAAGAAAUACGCAAAAACUUUGAGCGUCAACAGGCCCUGGUGCAGGAGCAGUUGGCCAGACUGGCCCAGAGGGAGAGAGAGACGAGAGCAACCACAGGCCUGGAUGAACUAACCCCUGCCCUCCUCAUCGAGAAAGGAAAGGCCCAUGAAGAGCAAGAAAAGGCCAAGAUACUGCCAGCAGAUUUGGAUGCGUGGGCCAAACAGCUGGGGAGGAAAGAGAAGCAACUGGCCAGCAUAUCCAGCUUCUAUAAAGAGCAACUAGAAAUACUGGAGAAAAAGAACCUUGACAACUACAAGCAGACGGCUGAACAAUACAACGAGGCAGCUACUAAAGCAGAAGCCUACAUCCGACCUCGAGAGACCGCGUCUGUGUGCAGUGAGCUGCAGGCCAAGGUGCUUCAGUGCUACACAGAAAAUCCACAGCAGACCCUGCACUGCUCCAGCCUGGCCAGACAGUACAUGACCUGUGUCCAGCAAGCCAAGAAGAGCUCACUGACGAAUCACGGCUGAGAAACCCAAUGAAUGAAGGAGGAGAAGAAGUGAAGAAGGAGAGAGCAUAUCAAAUCUGUCCAUUUCAAUCCGUCCUCUGUCCUUCUCCUAUCUAUCCAUCCAUUUAUUUAUCCACCAUCACUGAAUAACCCCAUCCUCUUUCCCACUCACCGUCCUUCUUGUUUUAGUGUAUUAUCUUGACAUGUCACUCCAGAGUGUAUGAUGUGUUGAUUUAUUGUCAUGUUGCGCCGGCACACCCCUGCUGUCGCUGAAAUAAAUCCCAGUGAUCCGGUGGUGAUGAGACUGCA